UGACUCGUUACUGAAACUUGACAACUUGUCGUGGGAGUUAACGAAAUUAAUUGAUUUAAAAACAGAUUUCUUCGGAUGAUGUGGCCGAGGAAGCAUAGCAAGUUCAUCUUAUCGUAAUGGAAAAGGAUCCUGGGCACAAAGGUGCCCUUGACCUCAAGACAGAGGGAAAUCAGCAUUUCAAGGAAGAGAAGUAUGAACUAGCAGCAGCUUGUUAUACUCAAGCUCUCAAAUCAUUUACACCAGAGGAAAAGGAUAAAGAGAAACUGAAGGAUAGGGGAGUGAUUCUGAAGAACAGGGCAGCCUGUUAUUUGAAACUUGAGAAAUAUGAAGAAGCUAUAGCUGAUGCAACAGAGGCACUGGAGGCGUUACCAAAUGAUACAAAAGCCCUCUUAAGGAGAUGCCAGGGACACGAAAAGCUCGGAAGACUUGAGGCUGCAUUCCGUGAUGCAAGGACUCUCAUUCAUGUUGAACCAAAGAAUACCAUUGUUCAGGAGACUCUGAAGAGGCUUGGGGCCCAGUUACAAGCAAAGACUGAUCGAUGCCGUACCACUGAUGGUCUUGUGGGUGAGAUGUUUACCUCACUUUUCAGUAAGGAAGAAAAUGAAGAGAAGAGAAAGCAAGCUAUUAAGAAUCUCGUGAUUUUAGCUAAUGAUGAACCAGGAGCUCAAAGGAUAUUUAGAGGAGGUGAAUUACCAAGAGUGGUAUCCUUGCUGAACAGUGGGUCUGAUGAACAGACCAUGGCAAUGCUGAAAGUCCUUAAAGGAUUGUGCUCCAAUUCUAAAUUGAGGACGUUAUCUGUGUUAAAGGAAGUUUCUUUAUCAAGGCUUUUGGCUUUGAUUGAAUCACUGGUGACUGAGGUUUCAGCAACAGCAGUUUUAGUCCCACAACAGGCUUUGGAGUCACUUAUUCCAUUGCCGCCAGACAAAAAGAAAAUGAAAGAUCAACAACCACCACAAGAAUUAGAGAAUAAGGAGGAAAUUCAAGGCCUUUUAACAUUGCUCAUGGAUGCUGCUAUGAGUGAAAAAGUUGGUGCUGAGGGGCGUGAUGCAGUGAUUGAUGUUCUCAUCAAAGUUGUUCCGAAAAACAAACUGGCUGUUGAACUAUUGGUGAAAAUUGGAGGUAUUGGUAAGUUAAUGGUUAUUGCUGCCAGUACAGCUCCCUUGGAUUCCCAGAAGAAAGAGGCCCUUGCAGUGUCCAACAAUACUCGAAUGCACAUUUCUGUGGCACUGGCAAAGAUGGUGGACUCUUUUGGUUAUCAUGAAAAGGAAAAAGAACCUAUGAUGGAAAAUGCAACGGCCGCUAUCAGCCAGUAUUUCACUCAAAGCAGUCCAGAAGCACACAUCAAAGGAGCAACAGCUUUAAGUUGUCUUUUCCAGGGCGUACAGGAAGCGGCUGCCAGUGUUCUUGGCAAUGAAGAACUUUUGGGUAAAAUCGUCGCACUUGCAGAAAGGAAAGACCGUGUGUCUCAGAUUGUUGCAUCUGAAACAAUCGCCUUAGGAGCAUCUGAAAAGAAAUUAAGCACAGUACUGAACACAAAGGCUUUACCAGUUUUGAAAGCAUUGUAUCAUUUGAAGGAUGACAGCAUAAGAGUCAGAGCCUUGGUGGGUCUCUGUAAACUGGGUACGACGGGAGGAGGGACUGUUAAUGAUCAAACUUUCGCAGAGGGAGCCACGUUAAAGUUGUACAAAUCAGUGCGUAGUUUACUGACAAAAUCUAAGAAAGAUUUGGAGCUGCGGAAAUGGGCUGCCGAGGGAUUGUCUUUCCUUACCAUGGACGCUGAUGUUAAGGAGACCUUCCUUGAAGAUCAGCAGGCCCUCAGGUCACUCAUGGAACUAGCAAAGGCUAAAGAUGGCUCUUUGUUAUAUGGAGUUUGUCAAACGCUCGUUAACCUCACGAACACGUUUGACAAACCAGAAAUUCCGGAUGAAAUGAAACAGCUUGGGGAAUUUGCCAAAGUCAAAUUGCCGAAAUUUUCCGAAAAAGAUGGCGAGGAAUAUGUCAAAAUGAGAAUCAAGAAACUUGUCGAGGAAGGUAUCAUUUCAGCGCUUGUUAACCUGUCUGAUACAGAGAGUAACACAAGUAGAGAGAUGAUUUCGAGAGUUUUUAUGGGAAUAACAAAUGAGCAAGAACACAGAGGUGUCACUGUGCAACAAGGCGGAGUUAAGACAUUGAUCUCCCUUGCUGCCCAAAACACAGAGAAAGGAGCAGACUUUGCAGCGCAAUCCGUGGCUAAAAUUGCUAUCACUAUGAACCCGGAAGUUGCAUUUCCUGGACAAAGAUCUUUCGGCUUGGUUCGUCCUCUGUUGAAGUUACUGCAUCCAUCGAAAAUGUGAUGUUUGACGAACAUGAUCUGGUCAAAAGAGCCGCAACUGAGUGCAUGUGUAACAUGGUGCUCUGUGAAGAGGUAUUCAAAUUGUAUGAAAAAGAAGACGCUCCCACAGAAAGAGUGAAGCUUUUGACCCUGUUGUCAGGCGAAGAAGACUUUGAACUGGCACGAGCGGCUUCUGGUGCAUUAGCAGUCCUAUCCUCCAGCGAGAAAGUGUGCAAACAGAUUUUAAAGGUCGCGUCUUACAUGGAUAUUCAGAAGCAGCUGUUGGUUUCCGAGAAAAACGAGCUCAGACACAGAGGAGCUCAUAUCGCAGCCAACAUGAUAGCCGCUAACAAGGACAUUGCUGCAAAGGUGAUCGAAAGUGAAAUUCUCGAGAUCCUGAUGGUUUUCUCUAAAGACAGUAAUCCUGACAUGUCAAUGGUUAGAGCAUGCGCUGAAAGAGCUUUGAUGACCGCUGUGGAACUGAAUCUUAUUAAAGAAAAUGACGGCAAAGAUGCCAGUUGAUGACAGAAAAAAGAUAUUCUUUUAGCAUAGCUAGGAGAGUUAUAUAAUAUCAAAGUGAUAGAGUCAUUCUAAAAUUAAUUUGACGCAUGAUACGAUCGAGAAACAAAAAACUGUAUGAAUGCGGGCCUACAAACCUUAGUCCUGGCCGAUACGUUGGUUUUUUUUUACGGCCAUAAAGCCAUGUUCCAUUUUGCUGUUGCUAUAAAAGUUAUAUUUGUGCACUCCAAAGUCCUGAGAUUACCUUUAAAUAUACGGCAAAGCCAUUUAUACCGUGUUUGUUUGUUUUUUUACGAAAAAUCAAAUUUUUAACGUGUUAGCUGUAAAAGUAAAUUGUGUUUUUAUACUUUAUAACGAAUCUGUUUGGUAAAAAAAGAAACAAACAAACAAACAAACUAACCAACAACAUACAAAAAGUUUAAAACACUUUAUGUUUCUUGUCAGGCCGCGCUUCCUUUGCGGAUAUGAAAAAUAAAACGAACAAACAUUAAGGCACUUUUAAAGCCGGUAACAAGUGACAUAUGCACAGUCGUUGGGGUAAAAAAAAAAUUGAAAACAACUUUUUCUCGCGAAAGGGGACGCGUAUAAAACCUUUCCGACCGUAAUAUAUCUUCUUGUAGUUUCUUUUAAUUCCACGUACGUACAAAUCGAAAUAGUAUGAAAAUCAUGGUAUGUUAUAUUUUUGA